GAUUAAUGUGCGUUUGGAGAAAUGAUGAAAGACCAUCAGAUGAAUUAAAAAACCGCUGGCUCCUCCCAUCUUUUUCCUCUCUGCUGCUUCCCUUCAUGCGGACUUCCUGGCCUCGGCCAAUCAGGGAAGAGAGGGAGGAAGGCCUCGGAGGCUGUCACAGCUGGGAGGGGAGGCAGUAAGAAGGGGAGGGGGUGGGGGGCAUCAGAGGGAGGAGGUAAUCCAAUGAGACACAGAGGGGAGAGGCAGAGCGAGGGCAACGCCUCACAGCGCCGGGAAUCUCUCCAUCCUCCUUCAGUCUGUCUGUGAGGCGGAAAAAGCAGAAGAUUCAUCCUUCAUUCUUCCUGCUUCAGAGAAACGAUGAUCCUCUGACAGGAAGCAUCCUUCACCUUUGUUCUUCACGUCGCCAGUGGGGAAAUAGGUCAGUGUGCCGGUGCGACGCCGGGCGCUCACAUCCCGAGUCACAGAGGAGAUGGAGAAGAAAGGGACGCCUGUUCGGCGGAGACGGUGAUGCUUCCGCUCAGCUGAAGUGUCCGCAAGAAACUCCCAGACGAACAAAGGAAAUACAGACUUUUACGCUUUUGGUUGCUCGGCGCGGACGCCAUGGACAUCAACCUUCAGUCGCACCGCUUCUACUUUCCGCCCGUCUACUGCGCCGAGCAGGGGGUGCAGCCGCAGCUCGCCGAGUUUAAAGUCAGCGAGCAGAGCAUCUGCCAGGCUCGAGCCUCCGUCAUGGUGUACGACGACACCAGUAAGAAGUGGGUUCCCAUCAAACCCGGCCAGCAGGGAUUCAGUCGCAUCAACAUCUACCACAACACUGCCAGCAACACCUUCAGAGUGGUGGGCGUCAAACUGCAGGACCAGCAGGUGGUGAUCAACUACUCAAUAGUGAAGGGUCUCAAGUACAACCAAGCCACUCCCACCUUUCACCAGUGGCGGGAUGCCCGGCAGGUCUACGGCCUCAACUUCGCCAGCAAAGAGGAGGCCACCACCUUCUCCAACGCCAUGCUCUUCGCCCUCAACGUCCUCAGUGCUCAGGAUGGAGGCCCAGCUCUCCAGCGCCAAGUCCAGAACGGCCCGUCUUCAGAUGAGAUCGAGGCUCAGAGAACGAGGCAGAUGAUGGAACAGCAGCAGCAGAUGCAGGCUCACAUGGAGCGGGAGCGCCGCUCCUCCAACUCAGGUUCUCCGUUCCAGGGCCACCCUGCCGUCCUCUCUGUGGCCCCUCCGGUAGUUCCUCCCCCAGCAAACAUGGGGGGUCCUCCUCCUCCUCCUCCACCGCCAGGCCCGCCGCCACCGUCAGUAGGGGCAUCUGCUCUGCCUCCUCCGUUACCGGCUGGAGGAGGCGGUCAGGAGGACGACGGCCCGGCACCGACCGGUCUGGCCGCCAUGAUCGCCGGAGCCAAACUGCGACGAGUCCAAAGAUCGGAAGACGGCUCAUCUUCAUCUUCUGCAGGCAAAAACGAAGCCAACCGGACGAGCGGGGGCAGCGGGGGCCUAAUGGAGGAGAUGAAUGCCCUGCUGGCGCGAAGGAAAGCAGCAGAGAAACCGGAGGACGCUCAGAACGACGACCCAAACUCUCCGUCUCCCAGCACUCGCAGUGGACAGAGCUGCACAGAUGGAGCCAAGAAACCGUGGGACCGAGCUAACUCUGCAGACAGGUCGAUGGUUUCAAGACUACGAGCUGCAGGCGGCAGCAUCGACGCCGACUCUUUAGACCUCGAUAGGAUGAAACAGGAAAUCCUGGAGGAGGUGUUCCGUGAAUUGCACAAAGUGAAAGACGAAAUCCUUGAUGCCAUUAGAAAUGAACUCAGUCGAAUUAGCACGACAUAAUCUCAGAGAGCCCCUCCCAAACAAGCACCUCUUGUUGGGAGCCCCCCCAGCAGCAGCUGCUGUGGCCCUGAGGAGGAGGAAGGAGGAAGACGAGGCCCAAACUGUGACAUCUGCUCAUUGUGCUCAGCUGCAGCGUUGCCGCAACUCUGUUGCCGCAACGCCUCACAUGUGUCCGUGUAAACUCUUCCCCGUUGGUUCUGACAGAAAAGGCCUGACCCGGGCUCCCUGUCGCACUGUUCCUGUCUGUCAUUCCCCCGUCUGUCCACAACCCAAAGGAAAUUUAUAAAAACCCAAAUAUUUUUGCUUCUUUUCAAAAAAUAUGUUUUAAACUGUUAUUGCGUUGUUAUUACUAUCAUUAAAACAGUGUGAUGUGUGAGCUUCAGUGGAAACGAUGGGAGAUGAAGAAAGAAUUAUGAUAGUAUUAAUGAUGUUCGCUUUAAUAUUGCACAUGCCUAUAAGUCUGUCUGUUUUCUUUUUUAUAAGUGUUGUUUUAUUUGUGAUUUCUUUCAUUAUCUGGCCUGAUUUUUUUCUUUUUUAUGUAACAUUUUUGCCAACAUCAUGUGUGCAGCCACAGUAAAAAGAAAGAAAGUAAAAACAACAACAAAAAAAGGAAAAAAAACUUUUGGAAUACUGGUAUCUUAUUAACAAGAAAGAAAGGAGAAAAAUAGAAUAUUUGUGAUGUUGAAAUGUUUAUUAGCUGCAAGGAUAAUAUGAGAUAUUGUUAAUUCUCUCCUUUUAUGAAAAAAGUGCUUCCUGGUUUGACAAAUGGAAAAAAAACUUAUCACGUUUAAAACAAAUUCAAAUAAAACUGUGAACGUCUUGAUAAA